GACCUUGACGUCAACGCUCAUUUAUAUCAAGAAACACCUGAAGGUUUAUGAACAGUUUCCUCUGAGGUUUGUAAUGACAUGAGUUACGUGCUGGAAUACUAUCAUUGUUCAGUGAUUGUGUGUGUGGGACAUUUUGCUCCUGGACCCUUGGAUUGCAUAGAGCCUGACGGGACAUGGGAAAAACGCAAGGGAAGUGCAAAAUUGCAUCCUUAAAAAUCAGUAUCACAAGUUAAGGCUACUUAAGAGGAUUGUUCGCUGUAUGAAUUUAAUAUAAAUAACGAUGAAUUUAACUUUAACUACAAAUAAUGACAGAACUUUAAUCUUUGAAUGAACUAUCCCUUUAUAAUCUCUUUUUAAUAGCUGUUGUCAGCCAGCAUCACACGUUUAUGGACUUCGGUAACUGUGAGAGGAAACCAGCUCUUGAAUUAUUGUGUGAGAACUGCUUUUUUUAAACUCGUUUAAUCCUUUCUGCCAUGUCUUCUUUACUCGUAUCUUCAUGUGCAGAUAUUUGGCGGACUUUUCCUGCGCAUGUUGCGUACUAUUCCAGGCCUGCUCGACAAAGUUCCCACUGUAUUUCGGCGGUCAGUGUGAGUGACUGUCUGUAGGGAGCGGCGCGUAAUUUGACGACGCUCCCUCUACAUCCAGAAUUUUAUUCGAAGCGGCGGGGCAAACGCGCUUGCGCCUCAGCGCUCACCGUUUCUGGCUGCAUCCCCUCCUCACUCCACUGCCUCUCCACACACUGACUGUCCAGUCGCUCCAGCACCGAGCAACAGGGUGUGCUUGUGCUUCCAGCUAUAAAGAACUUAAUUUCCAUCGCUCCGGACACACAUCCGCUUCUUCAUCUGCCCUCCGCUGCCCUUAACAGCCGGCCACAGUAACCUGCCAUGGAGAGGAAGCGGCCUGGUAUGCCAUCAGGAGCACGAAUGCCUCAUCAGGGGGCCCCAAUGGGGCCUCCAGGACCACCGUAUGGAGGAAGCCCCGCUGUCCGGCCUGGACUCACCAAUCAGGCCAUGGAGGCCAGUCGUAAACGGCCCGCUCCUUCACAGCAGCAGCAGCAGGCCGUACAGAAUCGAAACAGGAAACACACUCAGUACCCUCUAAUGAAGGACCCUUCGAAUGCCAUCAGGAAGCCUGUUGGAUUUCCUGGACCAAAUGAGAUGCCAGGGAGACAGAUGGACAUGAGAGAGGCCCAAUCAGAUCCCACACUCGGAUCAAAUGCCAAGAGGAGGAAGAUGGCUGAUAAGAUCCUUCCACAAAGGAUUCGUGAGCUUGUUCCGGAGUCACAGGCGUAUAUGGAUCUGUUGGCAUUCGAGCGCAAAUUAGACCAGACCAUAAUGCGUAAACGGGUGGACAUCCAAGAGGCACUUAAGAGACCCAUGAAGCAAAAGCGAAAACUGCGUCUCUACAUCUCCAAUACGUUUAACCCUGCCAAGCCUGAUGCAGAGGACUCUGAAGGAAGCAUUGCAUGCUGGGAACUGCGUGUGGAGGGCAAACUGCUGGAUGAUCCGGGAAAGAUGAAGAGGAAGUUCUCCUCAUUCUUCAAGAGUCUGGUGAUUGAGCUUGACAAAGACCUUUACGGCCCUGAUAACCAUUUGGUUGAGUGGCAUCGUACCCCAACCACUCAGGAGACAGACGGUUUCCAGGUGAAGAGGCCUGGAGAUGUGAACGUGCGCUGCACCCUGCUGUUAAUGCUGGAUUACCAGCCGCCUCAGUUUAAGCUGGAUCCGCGUCUGGCUCGUCUGCUGGGAAUACACACACAGACUCGCUCCAGUAUCAUCCAGGCCCUCUGGCAGUAUGUCAAAACCAACAAAAUGCAGGACUCGCAUGACAAGGAGUACAUCAACUGUGACAAGUACUUCCAACAGAUCUUUGACUGUCCACGUCUGAAGUUCUCUGAAAUUCCACAGCGCCUCACCAACCUUUUACUUCCCCCCGACCCUAUAGUCAUCAAUCACAUCAUUAGCGUCGAUGCUAAUGAUCAGAAAAAGACGGCAUGCUAUGACAUUGAUGUAGAGGUGGAAGAUCCCCUUAAAGCACAAAUGAGCAGCUUCUUGCUCUCCACAGCCAACCAGCAAGAGAUUGCCUCUCUGGACAACAAGAUCCACGAGACUAUCGAGUCCAUCAAUCAGCUGAAGAUCCAGAGAGAUUUCAUGCUCAGCUUCUCCAGAGAUCCUAAAGGCUACAUCCAGGACUGGCUCAAAUCCCAGAGCAGAGAUCUGAAGCUGAUGACUGAUGUUGUUGGGAACCCAGAAGAAGAGAGGACAGCAGAGUUUUAUCAUCAGCCUUGGUCUCAGGAGGCUGUUAGCCGUUACUUCUACUGCAAGAUUCAGCAGAGGAGGCAGGAGCUGGAGCAGGCCUUGGCCUUGAGGAACACCUAGAACUCACACCGACCACGUUCAGAAAACAUGGCUCAUUUGUGACAACACUGCCUCCUCAUGGAGGUCCCUGCAUUAUUUUCCGCAGUGUCUGGGGGUUUGUGUGCAAGCAGCAGCCCCAUUGUAUAGUAUGUGCAUUUCAGCCAAUCACAGUGCUGUGUCUUCCAUUCCUGGAUGAAAUCAUCUCACAAUGUGCUAUUUGGAUUUCUGGUUUUAAAUACUAAAAAUCACAUCCACCAGCAUUUUGAACUUGAUGACUUCAGAGCCGACUCAGUCUCUUAGACUGUGGAUCCAACAUUGAUUCAGUUGUGAUUCAGCCUUUCUUCCUGUCAUUCAUCAAUUCCUGGCAUUCACACACAUUUUCCCUGUGAUUAACGUGUGUUUGGACUCAGGUUUUGAUGACAUCUGUAAUUUAGUCCACACUUGUACCAAUUUUGUUCUUGGGUAUUGUUCAAAAAGGUAAUUUUGUUAUGUCUGUCAGUGUUGGGAAUCAGUGGAGCAACAAAAAUUGUUUCCAUUAUUAACACUUUUACUCAGAAGUGUAUUUAUGAAGUACUUUGAGGGAGGCAGCUUAAAAAAGAGAAUCAUUCAGUAUUAACUGAGCUGGUGGCUUACAGGGUAUGUCACUCUCUGCUGUCUGUCCCUGCCACAAUAAUGACAUUUAGCUGCGUUUUUUAAGUAAAUAGUGUACAUAAACAUCGAUUGAAGAUUGAAGGAGGUUGUUUUAAUCAAGUAUUUAAAAGCUUUUCUGACAUGUAAAGACAAAACAGUAACUACACCCACACAAGUUUUUUUUUUUUUUUUGAUUGAAUUCUGUGUAGUUGCUGCGUUUUGCCUUUGUAGGACAGUACUGACAUAGUCAUUAGUUCACGGUUUUUGAGAAGUUUUCACUUAUACAAAGAAAAUGUUCCAUACCAGCAUGCUGACAUGAGUUAUUCAGAAAUAUAAUCCGCUUGUUACGUCAUGACGUAUCAAAUACUGUGUCUGGGUCCAAGCUUCCAUUUCAAAUAAGAGUACAAUCUCGGCUGCCGUUUAUGAGCGCUGUAUGUUAAAGGUACACCUUUAAGCUAAGCUUCCAGUGUACACUACAAUCUGGGCUCACAGUGUCCCAGUCACCAACAUUUGAACAAGUCAGAAAAGAUGAAUCACUGUCUAGUCAACUGAGAUUUCAGUACGAACUUAAAGGUUAGGAUCAUGAUUUUUUUUAGUAGUACUAGCACACCAUAAGUGUAUAUUAGCACCAUUUGUUGUUUGUUUUUGGGAACUGAGUAACAUCAGACUAGAAAGAUCAUCAGUCAGCUAGAUAAAAGUGAAUAUUCUGUAAAAUCUUGUCUUUUCACAGAUAUUUCUUUAUGCUUCACCAAAAUCUUUUUUGUGCACCUGGCAUUGCCAUCUUCAUGGAGAAAUUCCUUUGAAUCCUGCAUUAUUUUUUAUCCAUUUCAAUAGUGUUGUUUAAAAUAACAUACUGUGUGCAUUUGUGUUUCUCACUAAUGUCAAGGGAUUUUUAUAGCAUUAGUGUUGUUUGAUGUUUUACCAAAGGUGUAAUUUACACUUAAAAGACAGUGUACAGACUUUGACUAGAUGAAGGACUUUUUAAAAGAUGAAGGAUGCAUUUUUAGAGAAUACACAUUUUAAAUUCCCAUUUCUCCAUAGCUGUGAAAACAGUGCUUUUAAAAAUUACUUUGACUCAUAGAGUCUUUGCACUAAAUCAUGGAUCAUAACUGAGCGCUCUGAACACUUUCCAUGCUAAUUAUAUGUCACCUAAACAAAAAAGUAGAGAAAUGAAAUAUGAACUCGGGAAUAAAUGUCACAUGACUUCUCAUUGGCUCUGGGUUUUGACCGUGAACCCUCUGCUGAUCUUUACUGUCGGCUGAAGGAUGGUUUGUCCAGGUCAAUUAUUGUGUUCCUGCAGUUUGCCUGUGAUCCUCACACAUCUUCUCGUGAGGAAAAAGGAGUUCUGGUGACCUGUGUGUCACUCAAGAGUAUUUUUCCAGACCUAUGCAUGCUGCAUGGACACAUUUUUAUACUUUCAUACAAGGACAUGAGAAACCUUCUGACUGCUUGGGACUUGAUCAGAAGAGCACUGAGUUUCUUUAGUUAGUGACCCUCUGUGUCUGGGUCACAGCCUCUACAUACAGUACCAACAUGUACAGCAGGGCCAUUUUAGGUUCUUUUUUGUUUUGUCUUUUAAAAAGACUUUGCAAUUUAAUAUGGCUAAGAGAAGCACACCAAUGAUUUUUACAGAGCCUGUUGGUUAACAACAGCACCUCCCAUCGAUUCUUGUGGGUACUACAUGUAUAGUCGGCCCAUUUUUGAACAUUAUAAACUAACAUCUACCUGUGUUGCUGUGUUAGUAACUGAACAAGGUUUUCUGUUCUCAUGUGUAAAGUAACCUCUUCUCUAAUUCUCUAAGCCACCAACUGUGCUUUACCUGACCAUCAUGUGGUCAAAGGUUCAAUGUUACCAUCUCUGUUGCUUGCAGUCAUAGUGUGGAUCAUGCUGCCCUCCAGUGCUUCUGUAAGGGUAAAUAUCUAACCGUUUGGGUGCUAAAAAUCAUGCAUAUUGGUAUCGCUUUGAUUAAAUGCCACAAAAGUAUUGAAGUAUUCAGUACUAGAGUUCUCCUGGGCUCUCAAGUCUUCAUUAUAACCAGGUUUUGGUUAUAAUGUCUGUCUUUUUCCUUGGUUUGUUCAUAGAAGUACUGCCAGCAGUAGACAUCUAAACUAGAACAUGUAUUUUUUUUCUCUUUCUCUCUCUCUCUCAGUCUGUAUAUGUUUGCUUUCUCAUCUUGUUCCACUGUUCAGCUAGAGAGAUCAAAACUACAGACAUACAUGUGUAGCAUAAUGAGGAUGUAAAUAAACAAGCGCUUGCCAAAGUUUGUGAAUGGAACACCAUACUGAAAGUGUUGAGAGUUUAUGAUGUGAAUUAGUGCAGUGCUUCUCCACCAAGGAGUCAGGGCCCACUAGGGGACCUCAUUAAGUUAUAUCAAAUUACUUAAAUUAUUAUUUUAACAAUCUUUAAAACUGCAAAAAAGUACCAGAGGUACAUCUCCUUAGAUAGGAGGGCUUUGAACAUUUUCUUGGACAAAGGGGGCUUUGAAUUAAAAUGGUUGAGAAGCACUGCAUUUGUGUAAAAUCCAAGGGUGGGGAAAAUCACAAGAGCAAAUUAAGUUACAAGUGGCUUGAUAAUACAAUUAUGAUAGUUAAGAAUAAAAGACUCAUCUCUGAAAACCA